AUGAGCGGUCUAGCCACCUCCAACAUACCCGUUGAUCCAGUGGCAUCCAACCCAAGUCAGCCAAGCAUCACUUCUUCAACCACCACACCCGAUGCCUCGCGACGAGAGCCCGCCCCCUCCACCGCCGGUACCACCGAACUCGCCGGUCAAUCGGUAACUGCUUUGUCUGAGCAAGAGCAGAAGAAGCUUGAGACUGCUAAGAAAUUGGUGAUCGACUCGCUCAGAUUCGUUCCUGACUUUCCCAUCCCUGGUAUCAACUUCAUCGACAUCCUACCGAUAUUCCAAAACCCAGUCGCCUUCGAAUCGCUUCUAGAAGUGCUCGUCCUCCUAACACGAGAACGGUUUGGCAACCAGAUUCCAGAUGUCAUAGUGGGUCUGGAAGCACGCGGUUUCCUCUUUGGGCCUUCACUUGCAUUGAGGCUCAACCGCCCAUUCGUCCCUGUUCGAAAGAAGGGCAAGAUGCCCGGCGCAUGCAUAACUGUGGAAUACAAGAAAGAGUAUGGCAAGGACGAGUUCCAGGUUCAGACAGAUGCCAUCAAGCCUGGCCAGACAUGCCUAAUAGUAGAUGAUAUUAUUGCUACUGGGGGAACUGCUGCCGCUGCGGGCGAACUUGUGGAGCUCAGCAAAGCAAAGGUCAUGGGCUACCUCUUCAUGAUUGAGAUCACAUGUCUCAAGGGCAAGGCAUUGUUGGGCGAUAAACCCAUGAUCACUCUUGUUGAACAUGACGAAGAGGAGUAA